AUUUGCCUUGUCAAAUAUACCAUUAUUACCUUGGUGAAAAAACCUUACAGGCGCCGAAAAGGAUCUCAAUUCGCGUUAUUCGAAGAUUUGUCGUGAGAAAUAUGGCAGGAAACUUUUGGCAAAGUUCUCAUUGUCAGCAAUGGAUUCUGGACAAACAAGUUCUGAUGAAAGAUCGCCAGACGGAUCUAGAAAUCCUAACGGAGGAAGAAUACCAGAAAUGUAUGAUUUUCUACGCAGGAGUUAUUCAGGCACUUGGAGAACAACUCAAAGUUCGUCAACAAGUUGUGAGCACAGCAACCAUCUAUUUUAAAAGAUUUUAUUCCAAGAACAACCUCAAGAGUAUAGACCCACUUCUCAUGUCACCUACCUGUCUAUUUUUAGCAUCCAAAGUGGAGGAGUUUGGGCCUCUCAUCAAUAGUAGAUUGAUAAGUGCCUGUCAAUCAGUAGUGAAAAAGCUGCCAUAUGCCUUCUCUGGUCAGGAAUUCCCAUACACCAUCAAAUCGAUCCUGGAAUGUGAAUUCUACGUACUGGAAAUCAUGGAUUGUUGUUUGAUAGUGUACCAUCCGUACAGACCUCUUAUACAAUACGCUUCUGACCUCGGACAAGAAGAUCAACUCCUACCCCUAGCAUGGCAUAUAAUUAAUGACAGCCUCAGAACAGAUGUAUGCCUACUAUACCCUCCAUAUUUAAUUGCUUUAGCUUCCCUACACAUGGCGUGUGUGAUAUCUCAGAAUGAUCAUACUAAACAUUGGUUUGCUGAUCUCAAUGUAGACCUUGACAAGACGCAUCCACACUCUGAUUGGCCAUCGAGGUGAGAUCAGCUCCGCCCAGUUCAACUACGAUUGUUCUCUCAUCGUGACUGGCUCCAUGGAUAAGACCUGUAAGAUCUGGGAUACUGCCAUGGGCAAGUGUGUGGGUAACCUACGUGGCCAUGAU